GUUUACGGCACUGUCAUACAAGCCUCAGUCGUGCAGUUAGUCCUUAGUCAGAUAUAUUCAUUCACCAGUAGCAUGAAUUUGAAAUGCUGUUUGUUUGUUUCAACAUGGAUCGUCUUCCUACCACGGCACUUUGCGCCCAACGAUUUCUGAAUCUCUGGUGUGUAUUUGGGGAAAUUGCAAGUUCCGGCCAUUACGGCGGUGGCGGCGGCGGUGUCAGCGAUCUCCAGGGUUCUUUCCUUCCCCUCUUCCUGCUCUUUCGUCUUCCUACGAGGCAGCAGCGAGGUUGAUUUACAAUGAUACAAUGAUGUCAUUACCUAUUAUCAUCAUGCGUACCUGCAUUAAUCGGUUGCUUGUUUCGCUAAAUUUAGAUUACCCUUUUGGUGUUCUUUCGAUGAGGACAGACAUCUAAAUUUAAUAUUCUUUUCGGAUUUUGUUUAUUAAUGUCAAUUAGGUAUUGAGGGUAAUAACUUUAAGUCUUGUGACAAAUUGUCACAACUUUCCCACGACCGAGCUGAAUAAUAGGAAUUAAAUCCCAUUCCCCUCUCUAUCUUCGUUUAUCUAACCAAACCUUCAAAAUGGUCCAAGACGAGAGAAUCGACAAGUGGAAAUCACAAGGAAUCUUGGAGCCUUCUUGUAUUUGGGACCGGCUUGAGGUAGAAGAGGCUAUCGUGCCCGAUCCAGAGAAAGUCCCUUCCGGCAUAAAAGAGCUUAACGAAUCUGCCUUCAUUUCGCUACUAUGCAGUAAGGGUGGCCUCCCUCAAUCUUGCGAGGAUUUCGGCCGUCUUAUCUAUAGCGUUGUCGCUUACUUAAGUGCCACACCUUUCUAUCAUCCACCAAACGAAAAAGUCCCUCCAAGCCUUUCUCUCUCUGAGAUAUAUCGAGGGUUGGCAUGGAUCCUCCCAGGGGUUUCUCGCAGAGUCAUUGGGGCUGACGGCUCUUCUCGCUCACGUACCGUGGCCGACCAUCGCAGACUACUCUUCCAAAGUUUGGCCACCACAACACACAGCGGAUCAUUUGAUCCAAUUGAAACACAAAAAAGAGCCAUUUACAAUGCUCACUUUGAGCCAGAUGCAUUCUACGGCAACUCAGACUGGCUGUUUGUCAACCGUGACGACGAUGGUGAUGAGAUAUACCAUGAUGUCCUAGAUGUGCUGCAUACAAUUCAGCCAGAACCCAACUACCCUUACGCGGGCGUACGACGCGAUGGCUUCCGCGAGUUCGCUAAGACGCUCGCCAAGGGGCUGCCUAAAUUCGACACCCUAGCCAUCCCCCUAGAUCGGUUUACGACCUUCGUUACUUUCUUGCUAGCUCUACAAUUUGAGCACAAAACUCCAGGGGAACCGAUACCAUCUCAAUACGAGGAGGCAGCAAGAAAUAUAACAGCUUCAUUCUGCGAGGAUGCGAAAUUGGGUAUCAUUACUUGGCCUAAAUUUGAUGACGCGCUUAAACAAAUGCCGUUCCUAUUCGAUCCGCUUCACAGAAUUAUAUCUACAGCGUUCUUGAAGGAGCAGCCAUUCAGCAUCUCUGGCGAUUGGAUAGCUCCUACGCCCCCCAAAGACAGCUUCAUGACUCUACCACGCUUGAGCCAGCUAGCGACGAUGAUAAACCAAGACGUGGAUUUCGAGAGCUUCGGCAGGGCUCAUCAAUGGCAUACGGGCAUCCGCCCUACGGCUGGAGUUCUGGCUAACUUUAUGAAGACAAUGCCUGAUUUAAGUAUCUUAGCCAUGUACGGACUGACUUCGGCGGGCGAGAAAUAUAUCUUCGGUAUUUUCAAGCCAUUACUUCUCGAAAAGGAGAAGGAGACUGCAGGUGAAGAGAGUCUCAGGGAAGCGCCAGAUGAAGAGGAUGAAGAGCAGCGUAAGCCGGUCGUGCGGGAGAUGGAUCCAAUACAUGAUUGGGUUGAAUUCCGUGGCACUAUCAGGUUUCCCGCGCGGCCGAUCUUGUUCGUUCUCAGUCCAACUCAGCAUGUCGUUCGAUUUAAGGACGAGCCCCGCGUCGUCGAUGAUCAUCUUCACUUUGGAGAUGCUCUAACAAUAUCAAAUGACGGGACUGCAUCUAUCGGGACCGGCGAUACGGCUAUACUCAUCAAGACCAAAGCGAUAGAAAUUUGGGGUGAGACUUCGGCAGAGACUUAGGUUAGAUCCCCUGAAAAUCACAACAUAAGUUGCAGUCCGAAUCUCUUGAUAAGUACAGUGCCUUAGUCCUGCUCAUUCGGAGUCUUGACCAAUGCGGCAACGCCACCUCUAUGUUUCAGGUGACGCUCCGUUAUCACAGCAUUCCCACUUGGUGUGAUGUAUGUAUGAUCCGAUUGCCUUAUGCAAGAGCUGGCAUUUAUGCACGGCUUUACGUGUAAUUACCUAGUGCCCUGAAACGGACUUGACUGACCACAGUAUACAAGAAGAUCCC